CGCGAAGGCACACUCGGGAGACGGGCGUGAGCUGCUUUAGCCGCUUGCCCAUCAGGCGCUCUACGGAGGCAGCCCUAACGGAUGAGGACCCCGCUCCCUCCCUCAGCCCGGUCGUUCGCCCCCUCCUUUUUUGCUCCGCCCCGCCCCUCGCGUGCGCGUGCGCUCUUGGCCUUCCCUCCCUCCUCUUUCUCUUUCCCCUCCGUAUCUCGGCGCAGAGGUAACAAGGAGGAGCGGUGAAAGUGACGGGGCUGGAGUGGGCAGAGGCGGCCGUCCCCCUCCCCCCCCCCCUCGCGCGCGCAGACACACACAUUGGGCCGUCCCCUUCUUGCCCUCCCGCGCGCCCUAGGGAUACUCAUUUCCAUUCUCUCUCACACACGUGCGCGCGCACCAAACACACACGGUGAGGAAGCGGGAGCGAGGAGUGAAAGGAGGGACGGACGGACCGAUGGGAGUGCGUGGGGGGCGGGCGCUGUCGGAGAAAGGCUUGAGAUAAAGGAGGGGUGGCUCCUCCAAGACUGUUGGGCGGGAGGAUGAGGGAACGGCGCUGCGGGGAGGCCGCCGGUCACGUGGGCGGUGCCGAGCACGCGCCCGCGCGAAGGGCUGCCUUUCUUUUUUUUCCCCUCCCUUCCGCUGACGGACCUUACAAGUCAGGUUGCCUUAGAAUCGCUGGGCGCGCGCCGACAGGUGCGGUCUGAGUCGCGCGUUCGAGAAAAGGGGGUGGGGAGAUAAUUAAAAAACAGAAUAAAAGGAUUCAUGGCAGGAGGCGUUUCCUUUCUCCCCCUCCCCUCGCGCGCCGUGUCCCCUCCGGCGGCCCGUCCGUUCGCCCGCUUCCCUUCCAGGGCUGACUCUCGCGCUCUCUCUCCCCUCCCUCCCCUUCGAAUCCCGUAACGCCGCGCUCUUCUCUCCUCAGUUAAGCGAUGCCCUCGGCCACCACCAGCGCGAUGGCGAGCAGCGGCAGCAGCGGCGGCAAAACCGGGAACGAGGCGGCGUCGGCGGCGCCUCCGGGAACGGCAGCCGCGGCAACGGUAGCUGCUGGGGCGGCUCCAUCCCAAGCGGCGUCGGCGUCGGUUCCGGGCGGCAGCACGAGUUCGGUGCAGACCGAGGCCAUGAAGCAGAUUCUGGGCGUCAUCGACAAGAAGUUGCGCAACCUCGAGAAGAAAAAGGUGCGGAGGCGCAAAUCCCCCCCAUCUCUUCUCCCCCCCCCCCACCGGCCGAUGCCGCUAUCUUAUCUUGUGGGGCCGGGCGGGAGGCGCAGUCGCAUAUCGCCGUGCCUUCCCUUCGGGGCCCUGCCGGCCUGCCCCGCCUUUUGUUUCCGAGGCCGAGGGGAGGCGGCGCGGCCUUCUCCCUUUGUUCUUUUUUUCCGCCCCGAACGGGACGCAUUUGGGGGCCGUUGGAGCCCGGGGGCUUAGCUGCCUUUCCAAUCCGCCCCCCGCCCUCUCCUCGCUUCCCGCCCGAAGUGAGGCUUUGAAGGCUCGGUGGCGGCCGAACUACGAGCGACCCUCUUUCUCCUCUCUACUCUUCCCGCCUCUCCCCCGGUGCACAUGGAGCCGGCCAGGACCCAACAUGGCGGCGGUGAGAGGCAGCGGUUCUUCCCAGAGAGGGAGGCUCAUUGUGUGAGCGACGGCGGGUGCUGCACAAAGGCCCGGCAGGCUUCCUUCCUGCCAGAGACGCGCAGCCUCCGCUCUCUGUGCGCGCAACACCCCACCUCUCUCUCCCCCCGUGCCCUCCCAUUUUAGUUACUAUUUCUAUAAUGUCGAAGCCGAGUCGUAGACGCCAGAUGAAAACAUGCCCUCGCUGCCCCGUUGAAGAUGGGUGCGCCCUGGUUAACGGCGACGUUAAAGGGCUCCGGCGUGUAUGAAACGCCUCAGGCGGCCUGGCUGCGGCUCCGGCCCUGGGUGACGAGAGCUCAGGCUACUUUGUUGGGAAGGGUGUUUGUCGCAAAGUCUAGGCCAGGAAGGGACAUCAGCAUCAUGGGCAGCAUUUUUAAAUUAUUGCCACCGAAGUUGCCCUAUGCCCUUUGUCAGAAUUGCCUUUGCACCUGGGGCACAGUGAGACUUACUCUCAAGUCAGCAUGCAUUUGAUCAAGCCGCACUUUAGAAUUGAGCUUUUGGGGGAAUACAUGAUGGGAAACUGAGACUAUGCUGCUGGAAUAACCCAUUCUAGUGAAAAGUUAGUCUCUUCCUUCCACAAAACUGAUACAUUGUAUGGGUUUAUAAAAAUACUGGCACUACAGUCCGGAGAAUCAUUCCAGUUCAUCUGCAUAUUCAGUGGAACUUAAAUGGCGUGCCUCUUCUAAAGCACCAAUGAGUUUGAAAAGCUAAAUUAUUAUAGUUGUGAUGGGGGUGAUGUGAUAAGAGUUCCACUGGCUGCACAGGAGUCUUAAAAGACACCGAGCUCUUUGCAUCACGUUAAUUUGGUUAAUCUUAAUUAAUGUCGCAAAUUUUAAUUUAAUGAAUGUUUAUCCAGCUCUUUAGCAAAAAAAGAAGCCGCCUUCCAGGGUUGCUUCCAAAUGUCCCUAGGCGUAUGAUGUAAAACAUCACACAAAAGGGAUUGAGGGGGAGGAGGAAGAAAGAAAACCUAUUUCUUAAGAGUUCUUGUAAUGACCAGCUGGCAUGGAAAGAUCAAGUGUUUAAAGGAGACCAAAAUUAUCAAUGGGCUGGAGGAAUUCCCUUGUGAGGAAGGUUAAGAUUUAUUCAUUGAUGAUGGGGGGAGUUUAGAAAAAAACAAGUAGAAAGGGACAUUAUCAAUGAAUGGAAUUAUCCAUGGCAUGGAGAAAGCAGACAGGAAAUGUCUCGUUUUUCUCAGUGUUACAACUUGGGGUAAUCAAAUGGAGGUGAAUUUUAGAGGGUUCAGCACAGAGUGUGGAAUUUGCUACCACACAAGAUGUAGUGAUAGCUGCCAGUUCAGCUUUAAAAGAGGACCAGGAUCAUGGUUACUGGUCAUGGUGGCGGCAGUGGGGGUGCAGGGGGUCCGGCCGCACCGAGCGCAACAUCUGGGGGGCGCGCGUGCUCGCACUCGCAGCUCUCUGCUCCUACCUGGCUCACUCACUCUCUCUCACUGCAGUGCUGGCUGUGCGAAUCCAAUCCGAGCCGCUGGGUCGCCGCCUACUGUGGAGGGGGUGGGUGCCAGGCGUGCGGUGCGGAGAGAGAGCGAGGGACUAUCUGGGGGAGGGACAGUGCAGCGGCCGCCCAGCGCAGCGCUGAGCGCGGGAGAGAACCACACCAGCCCAGCCCAGGCAGCAGCAAGAAGAAGCUGGCAGCGGCGGCAGGUUAGGGGUUAGGGGGCGCAAAUUACUUGCCUUGCCCCAGGUGCUGACAACCCACGCUACACCGCUGGGUGGCGGCAUACUGUUUCAAUGAUCAGAGGAGCAGUAGGCAGGAAGCAACAAGAGAGGACUGCUGUGUUCAAAUGAAAACCAAAAUGCUGCCUAGAUAGGUCUUUGGCCUUAUCUAGUAGGGCUCAUGUAAUUUUAAACCUGUUUGACUUCAUUUACUUGGGAGUAAUUACUGAAUUUAGCAGAGUUUACUUCCAAGUAAAGGUGCAUGGGAGUGCACCAUUGGGUUAAAUAGUAUAUAUAUUGAACCCAGAAUCAAACUUUGAUGUGCAAAUCUUUCAAAUGAAACUAUUUCAGAACCCCAUGUAUAAGCAUCAUAUUUCAGGCUUAGGAACUUUUCUGUAUUGACUUUUAGGAAGCUCCACAUUUAUUUUGGUUUUUAUGUUCCAUUUUUCACUGAAAAAGACCACAAAAUGGCAUUGAAUGUCUGGUACCAAAAUUACCAACACAUUAUAAACAACACAAGCAGUUAAAAGCAGAAGUAGUAAACACAAACAAAAUGUCCUAAAAACUCAAGACAUUAUAGAAAUGCACAGAAUCAGGCAACAAUUAAAAUAUAAAGACUUGUAGAUAAGAAGACUUAAACAGAUCCAACACAGGACUGGGAAAAUAAAGAUGUAUUGAUGUGAUAGCUGGGAAAGUUCAAUAAAAGUGUAGGUGUCCAUGCCACUAGGACAAGAGAGUUCCUUAACUGUGACUCAGCUAUCACAAAAGCCCUUUCUUUCAUACCUGAACAAGAGUAAAUACUUGCUGGAAGUUGGGUAGGAACAACAAGCAAUCCUCUGCUGAACUCAAGGCCAGGCAGGUCCCAAGUAGCUCAGGGCUUUAUACGUCAGCGGCGGCAUCUUAAAUGAGGCCUAGUGGCAUAAAGGCUGCCAGUGCAGAUUCUGCAAGAUACUAUGUGACGCUACAUCAAAAUUCAAGCUGGCACUCUAGAAGUAGCGUUCUGUACCAGCUUCAGUUUCCAAACCAUCUUCAGGGUAUGGCUGGAAAGUUACUAGAACUGCAAAACUGUGGCCAAGCUAUUCUGGUCUAGGGAAGGCUGUAACUGGUGACCCAGCUGUAACUGGAAAAAGGUCUUCCUGGCCAUAGAAGCCAUUUGGGCUUCCAGUGACAAAUAUUCAUCAAGGAACAUCCUUAAAUGACACAUGUUGGAGAGAAGUAUAGAUUAGAUGGCCUAAGACCGCUUACUACAACCUGGUGCCUUCAAAAUAUUUUUCGACUGCAGCCCUCUCGUCCAGUGUAUUUCAGUUAGGGAUAGCCAUUGUAGGAGAAACAAACCUGUGACCGUAACUCAAGAUGAGAGGUUGGGUAUGGUGCAUUUCCUAGAACUGGGAACAGAGGGAGGAACAACUGACUGUGUAGGAUUCAUUUAUUAUUAGUCCCUAGUUUUUAAUAUGUGGCCCAAAUUUAUGUGAACCAUUCACAAUUGGAUUGUGGUGAGAGGACUGACCUGGUAUGUAUUAUGGAAGGUUGGGUAUUUGUUACAGCACCAGGGCAGACUGAGGGGAGUGGGUGCUUCCAUUAUCCACAUAAGUAUCAUCUCCUUUACCAGAAAACCUCUUGACAUUUGGGUGUGCUUAGAAGGUUUGCACCUGGUGUUGUACCGGACAGACAGAAUGGUGCUGGUAUAUUGACCUCCCUGCUGGCCAGUUGCUUCCCUGACAAAGAUGUUAUCUAGCAUGGUGCUGGAGGACCCCAGGACGAUAGACCUGUGCAAUUUCAGUACCCACAUCGCUGUUGCUAGAGGGCCAGCUUGGGACUUCAUGGCUUCUAUGACAACCAUGGAGGUGUCUUAGAUGUCAUCAGUUCAACACCUCGGGCAGGGCACAUGCUUGAUGCAGGUUUUUACCUUGAGUGAUAGACUGAAGGUAGGGGGGUAAAAUGCACUCCCUGGCCAUGGACAGAUAACUCUCAGGUAAACUUUGGCAAAAUGGUGGCAAUUCUCCCUCUCAAAGAUGGUGGGCCUGUUUGAAUGGCCACCCUUGGAGACUGAUGAAACCUCCUGGGUUCCUGAACACACUGGGGGUUUUCUAGUGGAGAAAUCUGCUGAGCCUGUCAAAUUUCUGGUCUUUUCUAUACAUGCUGAAAUAAUAUGGCUGUUUGGUUGAUACAAUUGGUCCUAAGCAUCCUUUCUGGUGUUGCAGAGCCCAACUGGCUCCUUGGUAUUCUGGUAUUCUUGGUAUUCAUUGCUACAGGCAAUGAAAUGAGCUGGACAAAAGACUAAAGGCCAGAUGGUACAGGACAUAGUCUGAAGCCCACCAACAGUGGUUAGUGAACAUAAUUGUGACUACCAUGUGGCAGCACAGGUGGCAAAGAAUGCAUAUUUCGCAGCUUGCAUUACAUCUAGUAGCUGUUUGGCAGAGCUAUUUCAGAUUGUCCAAAGGUUGCUGACUCCCACUGUGGGGGAAGAACCUCUGGAGCAUUCAGGGAGCUGCUGUGAGCAAUUUGCUGCACACUUUGAGGAUAAAGUUAGUUUGCUUCAGAGUGACCUUGACACUGCUUUUGUUGCGCUUGUAGUCAAAAUAGUCAAUGCCAGAGUCUGUGAUCUUCGUGGAAUUGGUUUUAGUUUAUGCAGCCACAUAAGGGCAAAGUGCUUGCACCUAUACUCUCAACUAUGUUCACAACUAUGUGCCCACUUGACCCCUGUUCCCAAAUCUAACAGUUUGACUGAUUGUGUUCAGGAUUUGUUAAUGCUUCUCUGUGUCAGAGUGUGGUUUCUGCUGAUUCGAAAGGUGUGGUGGGAUGACCACUCUCAAGGAAAUUAGCCCUGGACCUUUUGGUUUGGAAUAACUACCAGCUAGUUGUAAAUACCUCUUUUCUAGAAAGGUGGUGGAGAGAGUCCUAGUGGGGAAGCUUGAAGACAUUGUUAGAUGCCACAGAUUAUUUAGGCCAGUGGCUCCCAAUCUUCCCCCAUGAACAAUUUGAAAAUUGCUGAUGUACUUGACUGAUCACUUAAUUUUCUGCCUGUUGUAGCAAUUGUAAUGUGCUGUACUAGAUGUUUUGUGAUUCUUAAAUUUUAUUACAGACACUCCAAACCACUUGUAUGAUGCUUGGGAACCCUUGAUCUACACCCAUUUCAAUCUGACCUUAGGCCUGGCCAUAACACCAAGUCAGUCUCAGUCCCCCUUAUGGAUGACUUUUAUCAACAACGGGACAAGCGGAGUGCAGCUUUACUCCUGUUUCUUGAUCUGCACAGCUUUUGAUAACCUCCAGAGUGAGCAUGGGAGAGUGCUUUUCUGCUCUGGCACUUGCACUGUGGGGUGCUUCAGGGCUGUAUUUUUAACCCCUGUGCUAUUUAAUAUCUCUAGAACUGUUGGGAGUGGUCAAUAGGAGUUUUGUGGCAAGAUGUUAUCAGUAUGCUGAUGACACUCAGCUCCAUUUAUCUGAAGCUGGAGAGACUUUGCAGGCUUUGGACCAGUGCCUGAAUGCAGUACUUGAUAUACUUAAGAAAGUGCAGAUUAUAAAUAGUUAAAUAUUUUUAUUUUUUUUAAAAAAACGCACUGAGAUGUAUGAGGGAAAUUAAGCUGAGCUUAAAUCCUGGCAAGACUCUGGAUGAGUGGAUCCCAUGUCCAAGAAACUGGCCAAUUGCCUGUUCUGGAUGGGGUUGUAUACCCCAGCUUUGUCACUGGAGACAUAUGUAGCCUUGGUGGCUAGGGGUGUGUUUUACCAGCUUUGGCUACCUGCCCCAUUUCUCCAGUGCAGGUAGAACUUGACAGAACACAAAUGCGGAUGAAAAUUCUGGUACAAAUUAUAGAUAAUUAUACUUUUAUUUAAGUCUUUAAAGAUAAAUAGCUUACUUUUUGUGUUUAUAAUUAACCUAUAAGGGUACAGUACCUAGUCUGGUGGCUCAUCCUGUGACUGCCCUAAGCAAAACCUAUACAUAUUUUGUCAGCUUCCUUUGAGCAGCUUCUCCAGUCUAACCUCCCAAUAGAUAGUGGAAGGAAAGCACAUGGAAGCUUGCCACCAAGGAACUCAUGGAAUACGUCUCAUGUGCCAGCACUGUCACUAACACCUGUGUGCUAGCUCCAUGGAUAGUGUCCAUUAUGUAAAAAAAAUGAUACAGUAUAUACUCUAGCAUUAGCUAUAAAUAGCACCUCAAUUUAAUACAUGUGGGGAUCACCUAGGGCUACACAGAACCCUUUUUAUAGCUUAAAAAUUCAUAAGUUAUCUGACAUUAAGGAAGGAUAGGUGUGGGAACUGAAUAAAAUCCUUCCUCACCAAGCAGCAGGAUUUUCGCACCAUGGGUCCUGCAACUAGAUCAGAGAGGGGAGCCACACACUGCAUUUGUUCACACAAUCUUGCUGCUGUGUAUGUAAUCCCCUUAAACUGGGAAAAUGCUCUGCCAUUUUCUAACAUGGUUGUCGUGGAUGUACUGAUUUUAAAUUGUUGCUAAAUCUGGCUCCAAAUAUCAUCAUCAAGUAGGAAGGAUUACCUUUUUUAUCUGGUUUGUAAUCAAAUAUGAUCCACAAUUAUUGAUUCAGAUAAUAAAUACUUUGCAGGUUGCAAAUACAGUGGUACCUCUGGAUACGAACGGGAUCUGUUCCGGAGCCCCGUUCGCAUCCAGAAGCAAACACAACCUGCAACUGCGCGGGUCGCGAUUCGCUGCUUCCGCACAUGCGCGCAGCGUCAUUUUGACCGUCUGCGUAUGCGCGGACAGUGAAACCCAGAAGUAACUCGUUCCGUUACUUCUGGGUCGCCACGGAGCGCUCAACCUGAAGCACAUUUAACCCGAGGUAUGACUGUAUUUUAUUUUAUUUUUUAUUUUAAAUUUCUAUGUUAAAAUUGAUAAUUUCCUUUUUAUUUAAAUAGGUUGCAUUCAUGCUAAUAGAACUUAGAAGUAAGCACAGCAGUUUUUGGUGUCUUUGAUUGCAUCGGGUCAAGUGAAAAGAUAGUAUUUGUUAAAGGUGUAAAAGUUAAUGUGAAGGAAGUAGAAGGCUUUAUUUGGAAUAGAAAGUGAAAAUAACUUCUUUUCAAUGUUAAAGCUAGCUAAGGAGGUUUUCGAGAACUAUUUCACACAGAGUUAAACUGCACUGUGAAAAAUGUAGGCAAGCUGUUUCCUAUUGGAACAUUGUAUUUACUCUUAAGGAGAUUGUUGUGCCAGAUAGCUUUUCAAUUUUUUUAAAAAAUCUGUUGCUCAGUGAAAAAUAUAAAAGUUAAAUUGUAGUGGUUGUUUAACUCGCUUGUCUAUUUGGUGACUAGAUGGUAAGCACAAAAUUGAAAAUAGAGUAUAAUUGAGUAUAUCUUGCAAGCUUCUGUUCGUAUCCAUCUUUAUGCCUGAAUAACACUCAUGUGAUGUCCAAUUAAUUUGGUGCCUAAAACUAAUAUUCUUAUGCUUGUUUUAUUCUGUAUAUAAAAUUGCUCCUUGAUAGUUACUUUGAUGACUUAGCUUUGAUUCCAGUUGAACUCUUUGGUUGAAAGGUUUGAGAGUAGUAAACAGUUGUAUAAAGGCAACAUUUUCAAGCUUUAUAUUGUGCAUUUAUAAUGAAUAUUUUUACCCCAUCUUUCUAUGAAUUAUACUAAAGGUGGUAAUAAUAAAUACAAAAAUAAAGACAAUACUAAUGCAGUAGCAAAAAUACAAACAACUGGGAUUAAUAGACUAUAGCAGCUGUAAGAAAAGAGCAGAUAAAAUAUUAACAGUAGACACAGUAGCAAGAGCCUAAGACACAUAAUCUUACAAACCAAAGCCUGGGAUAAGGGAGUGAGGUAUCUGCUUUUGAAGGGAGAGAAUGACACACUUUAGCUGCAGCAGAAUGCCCUUUCUCAUUUCUACAGCUUGGAAACUGGUGUGAUUCAAUGAAGCCUCUCUAGAAGAUCUGAACAAUGGGGGACAAGGACAGGCUAUCCACCAAAUAUCCUUGUUCUAAGUUGUUUAGGACUGCAAAGGUUAUGACCAGCACUUCAAAUUGUGCCUAGAAAUAACUUGGAAGCCAGUGUAGCUAUUUUAGCAAGAUGAUCCCAGCUGUGGGAUGAACCAGCUGUGCUUAAAAAUCUGGCUACUGCAGGCUGCACCAACUGAGGCUGCUGGACACUUUUCAGAAGCAUGCCUAUGUAGAGUGCAUUGCAAUAGUAAAUCUGGAUAUAAUUUAAGGUGUGUGUCAUUGGACACCUCUAGGAAUGGGCCCACCAGCUAAGAUGGUUAAGGCACUCCUGCCAACACCUGACAUCUCAGCAAGCUGGAUCAAGAAGUACCCUAGACUAGAUACCUGAAACUUCAAUGGGUGUGCAACCCCAUGCAAAUAGCAUGAAUUACUAUCAUAGAUUGGUUUAUCUAUUGAACAGAAGCACCUCUGUCUUGUUUGGAUUAAGGUUCGAUUUGUUGAUCCUAAUCCACCUGUUACAGACAUUAAACACUGGAAUCAAAUGGAGAGAAUUGGGUGUAAUCAGCUGUCAAGGCUGGAGUCAGCAACAAAAAUGAUAAAUCACCUGAGGCUAGUGCAGUUAAAUAUUUAUUCAAGGAAACAAACCACAGCUCAGGCCUAGUGGUCUCAGCAACUCUUUCUAGGAGGUCUUGCCCUGAUGAAGUAGUUGCGAGGACUAAAGGCCCCUACUUUCCUAGUGUCUACUAAGAUGCCUCCUCUUCAGGGUCUUUCCCAUGAAGUAUUGGGCUGCGUCUGCGCACAACCACCCUCUGCUCUUCCAGUUUCAUUUCUCUGCAAGUUCUAGGAGACAUGGGGAAGGGGAGCUGGUCGCAGCAGGAGGGGGAGAGUCCCUGGAUUCUUCAUCAUUUUAUUUGUAUAGUUGUUCCUAAAAUUCUUCUAAAAGUGGAGCAGCUAGGUGUACUCGUAGUAGGAGAGUUAAAUAAAUCUACGGGGGUACAUUGGUUUAAGAACAUCUUAGUUUAUGAACAACUUGGAUUAAAAACACUGUAAACCCAGAAGUAGGUGUUUUGGUUUGUGAACUUUGCCUUGGAAGCAGAACAUGUUGAGUGUGUUCCAUUUGUAAAUUGAGUCCACCGCUGCUGUGGGAAAGCACGCCUUGGUUUAAGAAUGCUUUGGUUUAAGAACGGACUUUCGGAAUGGAUUAAGUUCAUAAACCAAGGUUCCACAUUACAGUGGAACCUUGGUUUCGAACUUAAUCCACUUCGUAAGUCCAUUUGACUCCCGAAACAUUCAAAAACAAAGGCACAGCUUCCAAUUGGGGCAGGCGCCCUGGAAACAAUAGCUGGCAGCCACAUUGGAGGGUCGGCUUCCGAAAAACGUUCAAAAACUGGAACACUUAUACUGCCAGGUUUUUGCCUUUCGGAAGUCAAUUUGUUUGUCAACUAAGCCGUUUGAGAACCAAGGUUCCAUUGUACAGUGGUACCUCGGGUUAAGAACUUAAUUCGUUCUGGAGGUCCAUUCUUAACCUGAAACUGUUUUUAACCUGAGGUACAACUUUAGCUAAUGGGGCCUUCUGCUGCCACUGCGCGGCCGCCGCACGAUUUCUGUUCUCAUUCUGAAGCAAAGUUCUUAACCCGAGGUACUAUUUCUGGGUUAGCGGAGUCUGUAACCUGAAGCAUUUGUAACCUGAAGCGUCUGUAACCCGAGGUACCACUGUACUAGGUUAUUGGCCUCAUACAGAUGUAAAAUGUUCACUUUACAACCACGAUUACGGGAUCUUGCUGCAAGCUUGCAUGCUUUCUCCAGUCUCUUCCGCAAAUACUGCAUUUGCUGUAUUACACAUGAGGUGCGGCAAAAUAGUCUACCUGCUCCGUACCUACCUGCCCACCUACAAAUUCAUCCUGGCUUUAAUCACAGUCUAGGCGUGAAUGAGCACAGAGUACAGUUAAUAGUACAAACCAGGAGUGUCUUCAUAAACAACAGGUUUGUAUACUAUGGUUAUUGACACAUUUUCAGCUCGGAUACCAAGAGCUAUUGUAGCAUGCCUAGUGAAAGUUAAGCAUUUUUCUUUAAAUGACAGGCCCUCUGUGCCAGAUUGACUUUGAAACUUUCUUCUGUUUCCAAAUAGAUUUGCCUUGUGGCAUGUUGGCGGGUGGGGUGGAGGAGAGAUAGCUGUUGUUCAGAAAGCAGAAGUCCAAAAUUUAUUACAUGUUCACUUCUCCUGGAUUGCAGAAAGGCUAGACCUGGCAUCUUGAGAACAAUUAGUCUACAAAAAGCACUGAAAUGAAGGCACAUGGAACACUCAUUUUUAGAUUAUUUGAAUUGGUAAUCUUGCUGAUUAGUUCCCAUGGACAAUUGAAAUUUAUUGCCUGAUACACUGUUUUUAACUACAAUAAUUUGCAGCAGUGCAGAGAGGAAGUCCAUUAAUAAGAGGGAAAUUCAGUGUUUCGUGAGUUCCUAUGCAAGAGGUAGAAGUACAGUUCAGUGCCACAAUGUAUCACAGUUGGCAUAUGGCACAAGAAGCAGUGAAUAAGGACACACAAAUAGUUGUGUGUAAACCAGCAGACCAUAAAGAUACUGAGAAUGAGCUUUUGCAAAUUAUUAUACAAAAGUCUGCACAGACAGAUUCAUUCCUCUGGAUUUUGAGUUACUUUUCUAACGAAGUGCUAUUCUACUGAAUCUGAAGACUGGGGUCUAUGAGUGGAAGAGGCUUCUCAUUAGUUAGGGUUGCCAAAUGUCCGGACACAUCUGAAAUACUGCAGCCACAACUUUGGGCAAAACUAAAAAAAGCUCAGCACUAAAAAUAAAUCUGUCUGGAUUUUCACUUUUUGGAAUAGGCAAACCUACAUUAGUGAAAGGAUACAGCACCGUUUUACCAAAAUUGGAAGGAGUCAUUCAGGACUAGUAAGGCCCAUUUGGAUAUUUCAAGAAAGGAGGUUAGUAGUUGAAAAUGUUUUGGAAUGAGGAUAAAUAUUAACUGGCAGAUUAUUAAAAGAAUGAAACUUGGUUGACAACUUGAUCUUCCAGAAGAUGGAAGAGCAGGCAAAAAGAAGAGCUACUCUAGAGCUGACCCUUGGCAACAGUGAAAAAAUUCAUGUAUUUUGGUAGGUAGAACCUAGUUUAACAAUGGUAUUCUAGGUAUUCAAAAAAGUAUUCAAAAAGAUUCUAGGGUAGGCAUAGCCACUGUAAUGCCCCCAAGUGUUGUUGGGACUCUAGUUCCCAUCAGCUCCAACCAGCAUGUCCUGUGGUCAGAGAUGAUUGGUGUUGGACAAUUCAGCAUCUGGCGAGCACCAUGAUGGUACGUGGAUUAGGAUUAGGAUCUAGCUAAGAACGAGUCACCAGCACAAAACUGCUGUUUGAAAGGCUAAAACAAUUUUACAACGUCCAGAUCAUGAAAAGUGGUGGUAUCCCUAUUUUGCCUUUAUCAGAUCUCAUCUGGAAUACUAAGUCUGAUAUUGGGCAGUGCAGUUUAAGAAGGAUAUUGAAAAACUGGAAUAUGUCCUGAGAAGGGGCAUGAAUAAGUUGAGGGGUUUGGACACCAAGUCACAGAAGGAAUAGUUGAAGAAAUUGGGUGAACAAGUGACUGUUUAAGAGGUGAUACAAAAAUCAAAUAUUUGAAGGACAUUCACAUAAAGGAUGCAGCAGAUUUGUUUCUCUGUCACUCCAAGGAAGUAGAACCUAUACCACUAGAAUCAAAUUAGAAAUAAAAUAUGACUAAAGGAUAGAAAGAACAUUUUACAUUACUAUAGUCUCAGGAGGUGAUGGACUCUCCUUUAAGAUAAAAGCAGAGGCUGGCUAGCUGCCUAUCGGGAAUGUUAUGGUAAUAGAUUUUUGCUUUGUCGGGGUUGGACAGGAUGACCUUUGAUACUUCCUGCAACUCAUGAUUCUACAGUAUACUACAUUAAAGAAAAGAACUAGAUGACAAUAUUUCUUACUCAAAGCCAAAUGAUUAAUUUUAAUAUAAAUGGUCCUAUAAGGAGCCUACAUAAAACUGCUUUGUGUGAUAAUAUUCCCCUGGGCAGGUACAAUGCUUGAGGUUCUCUGUGUGAUGAAUGUUGCAUAUGGAAUCUGUGUGUUUGUGUGGGAAGGAUGGGUGAUACCAGACAAAGACUCGUUGAAAUCCGUGGACGUAAGCAGCUUUAGUCACCUUUAUUUCAAUGCGUCUACUCUGCGUAUGACAAGUUGGAUAUUGCAAAGAAUUACUAAAAAAUGGAAUGGAAAGCGGAAGAAAAACCCUCAAAAAGUUGUGGAACAAGUUAAAAGAAACAAAUGUAAUGUGUUCCUUAAACUAUUGUAUAAAGCCUGUAAGCUCAAGCCUACACAUGGCUACCCAGAAGCUAACACCAUUGAAUUGAACGGGGCUUACUCCUGGGUAAAUCUGUGUAGGAAUUCUAUAACUUCAAAAUUUUAUCAGCUUUUAAGUAUCCUGCUAGGGUGGUGAACACAUGAUACAGAGCAUCCUUGGUGGUGGCCCCACAGUUGUGGAAUUCUCUUCCAGUUAAUAUUUGUUUGUCUCUUUAAUUUCUGGCAUUCGGUAACUCCUUCAAAACUUAAGGGUAAUAUCCAGCUAAGUCAUACUCAGUGCUACUUAAGUAGCACCAUUGAUUUUAACGGGACUAAUGUUGGAAUAGCACCAUCUCCUUUUCUGUUGCGUUUCUAUAAGAGAACUUGGGUGCUUAAUUCAGUAUGUAUCUGUUUGUGCUUCACAGUGCCUGUUAUGUUGCCUUUCUUUUCUUUGUAUGUUGCUUUAUAACAUCCUGGCCCUGAAAAGCAGCUAAUAAAUAACUCAUUUAUUUCAGCAGUUCGAUACAAUGUUGCAUGGUCAGAUAAACAUUUAAACUUUGAUCUUGCAGUACAUGUCUACUCCCUUUAAGGUUACAGUAUAGCUGUUUUUCUUUUUAAAUUGGGAAAAUGCAUAUUAUAUUUUAAGAAAUAAUACAAAUGUCAUCCUAGUACUGUAUGUUUACCAGAUGUAUUCUAGUGGUUCAUAAAUAAAUACCUAAUCUCAGAAAACUCUUGUGAUAUUUUGUCUCUGAAUAAUUUCACUUGAUUUCUCCUGUUAAACAAUGGAACAUGGCAAACUGGGCUUCUGUGUUCUAUAAAGUAUAUAACAUAGUCAGUUCCAUUUAAAUUUGUUUGAGGUAUAUAUAUAUUGUGAAACUUUUUUCUUUCUUUACAGGGCAAACUUGAUGAUUAUCAGGAUCGAAUGAACAAAGGAGAACGCCUUAACCAAGACCAGUUGGUAAAUGUUUUGACUGACAUAUUGAAAGAUUUUUCAUAAGAGAUUGGCUUCUUUUAGCCCUUGUUCUUUUAUUCUAAUUGUUGCAUUAUCAUGGAUAAUGAGAGACCUUAAUAACAGUACUUUAUAUUAUUAUAUUCUAUUAUAUUCAGUGGAGGUGCAUUGUAACCAUAUCUAUACACACUCUGCCAUAAGGGAAAAUAUGGAACUAUUCUAUGCAAAUGACUAGGAGGAAAGUCUGUACACUAAAGUAAAGACUAGCGUACAGUAGAUUUCUUUUUUGAGGAUUAAAGUUGGGAGAGUCUUCCAAGUUUUCAAACUUCAAAAGAGGCAACAUUAAUUUUCCUCCCUCCCCCAGGAUGCUGUGUCCAAGCACCAAGAAGUCAGUAAUAACCUGGAAUUUGCUAAGGAACUGCAGAGGAGUUUCAUGGCCCUGAGCCAGGAUGUAAGUAAAAGUUGAUGGUUCAGUUCAGACGACACUUAGGGCACUGGCUGCAUAGAGGCAACAAACUGCUUUGUGUGUCAUGGCAAACUGACUUCUGUGAAUCAGGAAGUGGAAAAGGGAAUCAUUUUAGCAAGUUGAAAUAAAAUGAGCACUCACCAUGUACCCAAGCCAUAGUUUGACUGUGAUUUGUGAACUGGACAGUGAGAUUUUUUUUCUCUGUUCUUGUUUAACGUUUUAGACUGCACUCCUGAUUCCACUUACUUGGGAGUAGGCCUAUUGAUUUCAGUAGACAUGGUUAGUUAGGAUUGUGCUGUUGGUCAAAAUGAAUGUGGUACCUGUGAAUGACGUUCCUAAAAUAUGGUUGAUGUGGAUACCCCCCCCCCAAUCUUUCAUGUAUCUUGUAGCAGUGUUGGGCUGAUUUUUCUUACAUUUGAAAGAGCACAAAAGAAGUCUAAUAAAGAAGCACUCCCACUUUUAAAUGAUGACAAAUCCUUUCCUUUUAUCCGGUGUUGUUGUUGUUGUUUUAAAUUGACAUAGCUCUGCUGAAAAGAAGGAAUAGAGGAGGACAACAUGAGUCAAAAGUUGAUUUUUUUUCUAUUGUUGAGAUCGCAAACGUUGAAAGAUUAAAAAUGUCUGUGAUCCUAUGUAGUCUUCACAUACAUUAUGCAGAUAUUAAAACAGGUUUUCUAGAAUCUCUUUAGACCUUUUUGAUAAGUUCCAGCAGUCUGGUUCCAUUAUGCUUCAGUAUUAUUUUAGAUGAUAGUGCAUGAUGCUGCAAUGCAGUAUGUGAGGCAGAGAUACAGUUCUAGAAAGGUGGUAAGCCACAGAUGAUGGGGAGUGGAGGACUUAGGCAAUGGACUGGGAAGAAUGGAAGUAGAGAAAGACAGCUGGCAUGCCUGUUUGUCCACAUUCCAUAAAACUUUAUGGGAAACAUUGAGAAUAUUUGAAAUGCUGAUAAAAUUGGGAAUAUUUUACUUUUUGUUCAUUCAUAAGUGAAGAGAGGGUAACAGUUUAAACUGGUCACAGUUAAUUGUUAACCUAGUGUACUUUAUUACUAGAUUCAAAAAACAAUAAAGAAGACAGCUCGACGGGAACAGCUAAUGAGAGAAGAAGCUGAGCAAAAACGUUUAAAAACAGUACUUGAAUUGCAGUUUAUUUUGGACAAAUUGGGUGAUGAUGAAGUGCGAAAUGACCUAAAGCAAGGAACAAAUGGAGUGCCGGUAUUAACAGAGACGGAACUGUCAACACUAGAUGAAUUUUACAAGCUAGUUGAACCUGAACGGGACAUGAAUGUGAGGUAUUGUGAUUGCCAGAAUGAUUCUGAUAUGGUUAAUGAAACAAUCCAAUUAAUCUCCUUUGCAACAUAGGUGGUUUGAGGUAUCUUAUGCUUCCAUUAAUAUUUUUGUUGAAGGUUGAGUGAACAGUAUGAACAGGCAUCGAUUCAUCUGUGGGACUUACUGGAAGGGAAGGAAAAGCCUGUAUGUGGAACAACCUGUAAGUAUGUUUAUCUUUCUUAACAUUAGAGCUAAAGUAGCACUUCAAAUACCAAGCUUUGAGAGUAUUCACAGUGAUUCUGUUACAUGCUAUUUCCAGUGUCAGUGGAUAUAUAGUAGCUGAAUAGCUGACAGUAUGUUAAUUUACAGCAGAUUGUAUUCUAUUAUCAUGUAACCUUACUCAGCACUUAAUGAAAACCAUUGCUGGUUUCCCUUUGUUCAUCAGUAUUUUGUGACCGCUUAGCAACACUUGCUUUCCAGAAAUUGGGUUAGCAAAAAAGCCUUUCAAAGUUUCAUUUGAUGUAGUAAAACAGAUAAUUUCACAGGCCUAUCAAGUCGUAACUGAUAGCUGGAGUAAAAUUUUGCAGCAAAUACACUAAAGAAACUAGAUUCAGGUGGUUUGAUGGAAUCUCCCAUGUACAGCGUACAGAUGCCUAAGUACAAUGUGGUCAUACAUAAAAGGUAUGGAAUUGCUGUAUACAGUCAUAGUUGGUAUAUUAUAUAAAUCCAGAGCCUUCUGAAGAAUUGUUCACAGUUAAAGGAGUGGAGAACAUUAUUUCAAAAAUAAUUAACUGUUAACAGUGGCUGAAAGAAGCUAUGGUAGAAGAUAUAUUUAGAAAUGAUUACAUACUUCAAGGACCAAAUCAAGAGUAGUGUAUUUAAAUCACUAUAUUUAGUCAUAUUUGCUGAGGAAUUUUGUCAUUAAAAGUUUAUCUAAGCUAUUUUUGUUUAAAGGGUACAACUUGUGUGUUGAAACUGUUUGUCAUUUUAAUAAUAUAGGUUUAAAUAGUUUUCAUGUUUCAGUUACUGGUUUAGUGGUUGAGAUCAUAGUUUAUCUCCCAUAAUAUUCAUUUGCAGUGCAUAUGUAAAAUUGAGUCCAGAAUGUUUGUGUUUAGAUUAAGCCACCUAUAGGAUGACCUGCUAAUUUUGCUAUGCUAGGUCUCAUGAGUGAUCUGCAUAGCUCUCAGACAGGACAUAAAUACACAGUACAUUUGGUUGCUGAACACCACUACUUACUGUUAAUUGGAGGUACUGUCUCUGUGUAUGGAAGCUGCUCUCCUGAAUGCUAUGGCUUCCUGUCAUUGAUGGAGCUCUCUCCUUUUGUUGUCUCAGUGGGGGAAGUGCUUUGUGUCACAAUGUAUUUCUUUUUGUGUCUUAAAUCUGCUGUCUGUCACUUUAACUGGGAAAAUUCAACUUGGUAUUAAGUGAACAGUUGUUGGUUUGAACACAACUUUCUAAACACUUUUGCAUUGCUGUCUCUGUCUACAUUUUACUCAUGUCUUAAGAGUUUUGCAGGGAUGCAUCACUCAUACAUGCUUCUACUGAAUCCUUGGGGAAGGCUGGAACUUAGAAAUAUGAACUCAACAGCUUUUUCUGUUCCUUGGAAAUGCACAUCAUGUCUAGGGGAUUGUUCGAUCCCUAGACUGCUUACUAUGCCAUAGCAUUUUUUGGCAGAAUUGUCAAGAUUGUUCAGAUGCAACUGAUAAUUUUUUUUUCUGUGUCUUCCUAUCACACCUGCAAAAGCACACUCAAGAUACGAUUAUAUCAAUGCUAGGCAUAUACUUCUCGUCUUUUUCAAGUGUCAACAUCUAGUCACUUCACCCAGAGCUUUGAAUUUGCCUUUGGUGAGCAUCAAGGUAGCAUUUCAGUGGAGACAACUGUCCGUACUGCAUGUUGGUCUGAUUGACCAAGACCGAAUAGUUACCUCCCACAUAUUUGAGCAGGUUUGCUGUGUUCCUCUUCACUCAGAGGAUCAUCAGUAAAGUUUAUACCUUAGAAUUUGUGAUCACUUCCAUAUCAAAGUCCUUUCUAUUGAGAGAUUCCUAUAGGUUUAUGUCCAUUGUCCAUAUCCUUUCUUUGUAAAAAAUACUGUUUCUUCUCUGCUGAUCCUGUUUUGCUUUAUCUGUCAAAAUAGUAUACAAAUACCUAUCAGUUACCUGUCAUCUUGCAUGGUGCUACAAGUUCACACCCUUCUCAAAAUGUUGUUCAUUACAGACAUUUACUGGGAUCCUCUAUCUACCUGAGACCUUAGUUUAGUCCUGGCUACUUAGUUCCUCUAUUUAAGCUUGAGCUUGGCCUAUCAGUUUUUUUCUUAUACUUCAUACACCUGUGGCUUCAGUGACAGACAAAUUGCACCAUAUAACACUACAGAAAAAUGGUCUCAUUCUUGCUUGUGUAGAGGUUCUGUUUCCUUUUCUCUCUUUAGAUGAUUUAUUUUUGUCCUUGCCCAUUUUAAUAUGUGGCAUGGCCACUUAGGAUAAUACCUGACCAAGUCAUACUUGGAGUAGACCCAUUGAAAUGUACUUACGUUACUUGGAGCCACUGAUUUCAGUGGGUAUGAUUAACACUGGAUAUUACCUUUAGACAAGUAAUUCUCGUUUUUAUUCUAUCAUAUGCCUUUCUUCCAUUCUCAUGUUAGUGAAAGUUAACAAGUCAGGAGUUCUUAUUCCUGCAUGUAGGCUUUGGAUAGUUUUUAACUUCCAGAAACAUCGAAGAGCCAAAAUUCUAAUUUGUUGAAUUGUGUGUGCAUCAUCCAUUGAUACACAAAUUUAUUCUUGAAGAAUUUGGAUUUACAUACAAUGACUUUCAUCUUAAGUAAGUCCUUAUUUAAAAAUAAACAAUGCAGAAAUUUGCAAAAUAGAUCAUUGUGCUGUGGGUAGUGCAAGGUAUUAAUCUGCAAUGCCCUUUGUUAGUGUUAUAAUAAUAAAAUAAUUUGAUAAAAUUAAAAUGCUCAGGUAUUUAGUGGGUGAAACAGUUUUUAAAAUAUCUGUGUUUUUAUAACAGAUAAAGCCCUAAGAGAAGUUAUUGAACGUAUUCUUCAAACAAGUUACUUUGACACUCACAACCAGCAGAACGGAUUAUGUGACGAAGAGGAGACGGUGCCUGCACCUACAGUUGAAGAUGCUGUUGCAGAAACUGGUAACUAAAAAUAUAUAUUAGGAGCCUAAUCCUAGGCUUGUUAAUGUGUUUUAUUUCCAAGUUAAUGUGAAUAGAAUUGCAACUUCAGUAGAUUUAUAGGCUUACUGAAACCUUUAGUAUUUUAUUGGAGCCGACCAUGGAAAACAAAACUAGAAUCUCGUGUAACUGGUUAUAUCUAUCCUACAAACUUAAACUGAUUUUUAAAAACUUUCUGUGGCUUUCCCCAAACAAGCUGUAGUUCUCUAAACUAGAUAAAGUUUGUAGUGUGGGUAUGUUUCCUUUACAGGGUGCUUAUUAUGACCAACCUUCAUCUUGUAUGCAUACUAAAUUCUUAAGUACUUAAAAUUUAACUACAGUGGUACCUUGCUUCUCAAACUUCUGGAGGUCUGUUACAAAACCAAAGAGUUCCAGAACCAAGGCGCACUUUCCCAUAGCAAGUAAUGCAAAACGGAUUAAUCCGUUCCAGACUUUCAAAAACAACCCCUAAAACAGCAGUUUAACAUGAAUUUUACUAUCUUACGAGACCAUUGAUCCAUCAAAUGAAAGCAAUAAACAACAUACUGUACUAUAAAAUAAAACAGUAUUGUAGAUGACAAAAAUUAAAAUUAUUUUUUUUCUUACCUGCACUGAUGAUAGUCAUUGUUUGGAUGGGGAGCUUUUAUCCAUUUCUGCAGUCACACAAUCAAUCAGUCAGUAGCUGAACUGGGAUCCACACAGUCACAAAAACAAAUUAACUGGAAAAGUCUCAAAAUAAAAACCCCCAAAAUAAAUAGCAAAAACAAAAGCAUCAAAUAUAAGCUCAGAACACUUCAAAAAGUGGUUUCUUGAAUGAAUGUAUCUCUACUAAAAUUGUUAAUAGUAAAUUAAAACUGUAAGGUGAAGGUAAACUAAAAGUUAUGUAUUAUGUUUCAGUAUAGCAUUACCUAAAAUCAUGUAUUUUCCUCUUAGAGCCAGAACCAACGGAAGAAUACACUGAACCCAGUGAAGUUGAAUCAACAGAGGUACUAAACAGUGGAAAGAUUGUAGGCACCUUUUAAAAAUGAAUGCUACUGUCUUACUGUUGUACUCUCUCACUUUUAUUUUAGUAUGUAAACAGACAGUUCAUGGCAGAGACUCAGUUCAGCAGUAGUGAGAAGGAACAGGUAGAUGAGUGGACAGUUGAAACUGUUGAGGUAAGGUGUUCUGAAUGUUUAGGUAACAUUACAAUCUGUUUUCAUUCCCUCGUAGCUUGAAUGCAGCUGUAAAUCUAAAGAGAAUUGUGGUCUUUUAGCAUGAUUGAGCUGGUAGUCCCCUUGUCAGUGCUAGCUAUUGCCCACAGUUAAUUUCGAAAAUUCAGUAUGUAAACUAAAUCCCAUUUCAUAAGCUAGUACACAACUAAAAGUAGACUGACAAGUUAGAAUAAAAUGGCUCAGAUACAAAGGUGUUUAUACAAGUUCCCUCCUCUUAUUUCUGCCAGUAUCCCACUUCCUCUGUAGCUCUCAGUGCUACUUCUGACACUGUUCUGUAGAAUCUGAGACUUAGAAGUAGUUUUUUAGAUUGAGCAGGGGGUUGAAGUGAGCAGGAAGGGGAUCCAAGCCUAUAUCUGUUAUUAAACGCUCUAGUGCUGCUUUAGAAUUUCCUCCUACGGUCACUAAACCUCCCCAUAUGUAAAAUAGUGUAAUUGAGAUUUAUAUUUAUAUUCCAGGAGUCUGUAUUGCUGGUAUUGGAAGACUAAUUACAGCAUGAUGUCUGUCCUAAGAUAGUUUCCAUUAACAAAUUGGAAUGAACCCAUCCAUUAGGGAGAACAGAUGUUUUCAGAAUGGUAGAACUCUAUAAAACAUUGGUUCACUCUAACUCUAGAAUAUAAACUAAUUGUAAUUUUUACAGCUUUGUCCACAGUUGUCUUCAGCCUUUGAAGAGAUGGUGCAUCUGUCAGUUGACUAUCUGAAGUAGACUUUGUAACAUUUUGUUCAUCUACCUUAAAGCCAGGAUGCAGCAUUUUAUGUGGAAUUUCAAUAUAUCAUUAAAAGCCACAAGCAUUUAACAUUUGUAGUUGCAAGGCUAUCUGUGAUAAAUGUUGAUAGUUAUCAAAUGAAACAGGUUUUUUUUUUAAAAAGAAUUGUUACCUAAGAUUGUAACAGUAACUGUGUGUGUGUUUUUGUGUGUGUGUGUGUGUGUGUGUGUGUGUUUUUUUUUCUCCUGGUCCUGAGAUAAAAAUGUUACACUUGAAAUUCUGGAUAAUAAGAAUAUUAAAGCUAUUUUAAUUCUUCAUGGUCUCUGCAGUUUCACAUAUGGAUUCUGCCUGCUCAGUGAAACACACAGAACUUUCUAGCACUAGAAGAACACCUUUUGGCAGGAAACCUAGCCCCAAAUGUCUGCAUUAGUAGACAAAGAAGAGCUAAAUUUAAAUAGAAUAAAAAGUGCAAUGAACUAUAUGUACAAGUUACAUUACUACAGCAAUAUUAUCAGUGCAUAUUCAGCCAUGGUGUGACUUUAAAUGUUGGUUCUGGGAUAACCAGGUUUUGAAGUCCACUCUAUUUUGUUCAAUCUUAUAAAAUUUGAAGGUAUUGGAUAAUGCUGAUGUUUCCUUGACUAUUUAAAACUGCAUUGCUUGCCUUAAUGCCUCUAACAUGUGGCACCACAAGUGUUUAAUCAGAGCAGGGUUGACUGUCCUUUGGCUCUCCAGCUGUUGCUGGACUAUGCCUUCCUUUGUCCCAGACUGUGGGCGAUGCUGGCUGGGUUUGCUGGGACAACAUCUGGAGAAUCAGAAAUUCCCUGUCACUGCUUUAGAUGCUAUAGGGCUAAUUGUAGAUAUACUUUGAGCAACUUAUACACACGAACACCUGUUUCCUGUGGAAACAACUUUAUUUAUUAGUAACACCGCUCAAGUUUCACCUUCCAUUUUCUCCCCAGGCAUUUGUACUAUAAAGUUCCUUAAAAUAAAGUAUCUCUAGUCCAGUAUUUCCUGAGUCUGCAAAAGGCAAAAAGAACUUUGAAAUCUCUCUUGAAGAAUGGAAAUAAUUCAAUGCACAACUGAACUUCAAGCCUUGCCUUACAUCUAUUCAGUGCCUCAAAUGUCAAAAUGCAAUUGCAUUCUAAAAGCAGCAUGCAUGCACGCAGUUGCAAAACGCAUGGGCACAUUUUACAUAUUUUCAAGGAACACAAAUUAGCUCUGUUGAUACAUUUUCCAUUUUGCUUUGAUCUUGCAACAUAUAUUCUUGCAGAGGAAAGAAUUGCAUUUAUAUACUUUGUACAACAUCAGAACCAGUUUUCCUCAUAUUCCUGCUGAAUAACUGAUGCGUGGGAAUGUUUGAUAAAGAUUCUUGAACACAAGCAGAACCCAUUAGAUUAUUUGUCAGUCUGGAUUAAAAUUAACAUUAUUCAUUAUAUUACCAAUCAGCAUUGAAAGCAUGUGAGCAACAUAGAUGCAGACAAUAAAGGGGUUUCAGUGGUGGAUUGUCAGAUGUUAGUGCCCUCGAUUUUCACUACAGCCAACUUUCACUUCUCUAUCUUUAGUGAAGCUGAACAAGCAGCGAUACUAAGUUAUGAUACUCAUUUUUAAAUGAGAAUGCUUUCCUUUGCAGGAAAUGCAUUCUUUUACAUAUCAUAUUUUGCACAUCCAGUUUAGCGGUUGUGAUAAUAAUAGUGGGCCAGUAGCGGAAACUGACAGACUGACUCUCAGUGUUGGCCAUUUCUGAUGUAGGUGGUAAAUUCGCUCCAGCAACAGCCACAGGCUACAUCUCCUCCAGUUCCAGAUGCCCAUACGCUUACUGCUGUGGCUCAAGCAGAUCCUCUUGUUAGGAGACAACGAGUACAGGACCUUAUGGCACAAAUGCAAGGCCCCUACAACUUCAUGCAGGUAUGUUGUUUUCCUUAUUCAUAGUUGGAUUUGGUCAAAAGGGAUUCUCGGGAAUUACAGUCCAGUUGAAAUUGGGCACAUUUCACUUGCAUUCAUUUAAUUCAGAGAGGUCAGCCCUGGCUGGCUUGCUGGUUACCGUAUAUACUCGAGUAUAAGCCGACCCGAAUAUAAGCCGAGGCACCUAAUUUUAGCACAAAAAACUGGGAAAACUUAUUGACUUGAGUAUAAGCCGGUUCACCACAGCACAAACCUGGCGGUGGCGGCAGCGGCGGAGGAAGAACAAGCAGCCCCAAAGGCACAGCGCAGCGCCUCUCCCAACCGCGGCUCCUGUGCCUGCCCUUGUAAGAGGUGGUGAGACCAGCAAUGAGAAAGGGCUCCUUUCGGGUCGCUCGUCCCUCUGCCGCCGCCACCCGCCUCACUCAAGUAUAAGCCAAGGCAGGCUUUUUCAGCAUAAAAAAUGUGCUGAAAAAGUUGGCUUAUACUCGAGUAUAUAUGGUACUUUUGAAGGGAUUCUGUUUCUUGUUCAGCUUGCUUGAAUCUUGUCUUAAUUAUCUAGGACUCCAUGUUGGAAUUUGAGAAUCAGGCACUCGACCCUGCUAUUGUUUCAGCUCAGCCUAUGAAUGCAGCACAAAACUUGGAUAUACCCCAGAUGGUUUGCCCUCCAGGUUGGUAAAAUCGAAUUCAUAUCUAGUUGGAGUAAGAUUUUGGUAUAGUUGGAAGUACUAAGUUACUAAGAAUUCAGAAAUCUAAAUCUAGAAAUGUGCAUUAUUUAAACAUUGUCAAGGGAGUUGAUUGGUAGAAACGUUUGUCAUCUUAUAGGUUUUCAAUGUGACUACUUUUUAUAUUCUGAUGAAGUCUGUUUGAUGCCAGGCUUGUAAAUACUGAACAAAAGAGCAAGUAGUUGAUUAAUAAAAAAUCGGAUACAAUCUGAGGCUGUGCUUGCAGCUGUUAGGUUUUAUGUGGAAAACAAAUACGUUUAAUUUCAAUGCAGUAUUCUACAGCAGAAAUAUAUAAGCUUAUAUUAAACAAAUAGACAGUAGUUCAGAUAAUAUCUAACACACACACUAUUUUAUUAUGGGUAAUAUUACUGUAUUUCCAGUUCAUACUGAAUCGAGGCUUGCGCAGUCCACCCAGGUUCCUGUCCAACCUGAAGCCACACAGGUAAGAACUGUACCUGGACAACUAUUGGCUGAAUUUCCUCUCUAUUCCCCCAAAACCCUGGAGAGCUGCUGCCAGUCGGCAUAGGCAAGCGAGAGGCACCAAUCUUUUGGUGCUCUGUAAGGCAGAUUUCUGUUACUACAUAUUUGGGCCUUGGAUUUUGUCCUCAGGAGUCCCCAUAUGAAUGUUUUGCCUAUCUGUGUUUUCUUCCCAAUCCGCAGGGAAUUGAAAGAAACAUCCAUAUCUGAUAAAUAAUGUUUGUAUUGUAAGCUCAGUUCACCUAGCUCAAAACAAGCUUUUAAUUUGUAUGUUGUCAGGAAGGUCUGAGGCCUAUUCCUGCCCCCAUCAUGUGAAAGUCCUUAUCAUAGGCCCAAGUAUUUUGAAAUUAGUAUUAGCCUGCACUCAGGUGUAUGAACAUCUAUGUUUGCAUGCAGUUCUGCAAAUACUAAAAUGUGGCAAAAAUUUAGCAAAAUGUUGUUUUUUCAUCUGCCUGUGAUGGAAACUUGCAAAAUAAAACUUUUGGCAAAACUUGUAAUUGUUUACUGGGAGUAAUGAAUACUAAAGGUAAUCUAAAGGUAAUGUGAACUGAGCAAAAGAAUGUUGUUAGCGCAGGUGUCAGUAAAACCAUAUGAGAUUAAUAGCAAGAAAUUUACCCAGAGGCCCUGGCAGGAGUAUCUGCUUAAUUUUAAAACUUUGACAGGUCCCCUUGGUUUCUUCCACAAGUGAGGGAUAUACAGCAUCCCAGCCCAUGUAUCAGCCUUCUCAUUCAACAGAACAACGGCCUCAGAAAGAAUCAAUUGACCAGAUUCAGGCAAGUUCAUUUUGCUUGGCAAGGGGAGGAGGGACAUUACUGAUUCAGUGUAACCUGCUCCAGAACCUCAUGUAUAUGGGUGUAGUGUAGAGGGACAAUGCUUAGGUCCAUAUCUCAAAGACAUAGAGCAUGAUAAUAAGUGUUAGAUAAGUAGGGAUCUUAGCUUAUCCUUGUCUUGGGAACGCUUGGCCAUCAGUUACCUAUGCUUUUAUAAUAUGAUAUCACACGAAGUUGAUUCAUGGCUUGCUAACAUCAGAUUGAAAUUUAUUUGGCAGGCUUCAAUAACCUUAAGUGCAGAUCAGACACCAACAUCAUCACCUCUUCCAGCUGCAUCCCAGCCUCAGGUAUUUCAGGCUGCCUCUAGCAAACCUUUGCAUAGCAGCGGAAUCAAUGUUAAUGCAGCUCCAUUCCAGUCCAUGCAGACAGUAAGUACUAAACAAUCAUAUUUAUUAUAGAUUGCAAAACAUUUGUAAGUCAGCAUCUUGAUUACAUAAUGGUUAAUUGUACCGUGGACAGUAGUAAUAGUUUCCAAGACAUUUAACUUUCUAAAAGUUGCAAAGUGUACUUGGUAAUUUAUCAAUUUAUUCAGAAUAUUGAAUCUCUUUGGUUCUCAUUUACUUCUCCUAUAGGUAUUUAACAUGAAUGCACCUGUUCCUCCUGUCAAUGAGCCAGAAACUUUAAAGCAACAAAAUCAGUACCAGACCAGUUACAGCCAGCCUUUCUCCAAUCAGCCUCACCAAGUAGAGCAAUCGGAACUUCAGCAAGAACAGCAGCUUCAGACAGGUAAACUUGUGAAAGAUAGAACUUAAAUGCUUCAUUCUGAAAAUAUAAGUUUUCAAGAUAAUGUAGACCAAACAAAGCAUAUCUUGAUUGAUGCUGUUGAAGUAGCAUUUCAAGCAUGUAUGGUGAGGUGGAAGGACGUUUUAUAGUAUUUAUAGGAACUUAGGAGAAAAGUGCAGUUUGGUACAUUUAUGCACUACAUGAAAUAAAAAUUCACCUCCCAAAUGUUAAGCACUAUCAAAUUAAAUCUGUGUGGUUAUGCCAAAGGACAUCCAGAGAACAUUCUCAAUGAUCAGGGUAUUUAGACUGCAAUGUUCAAUUUAAUUCUGCAAACAAUCUUUCUUUAGGUAGGUAAACAUUUACUGUCGUACUUGGUGGCUCUUAAGCAAAGUUCAUUGGUGAGUUAGCUUGAUAUUAUUUGAGUCUUUAGGAAACUGGAAUUAUAAGUAAAUUCAAGCUUUUUGCACUUCUUUCUUCUCUCUCUCUUCAUUUUAGUGGUUGGCACCUACCAUGGUUCCCCGGACCAGUCCCAUCAAGUGGCAGGUAACCACCAGCAGCCUCCACAACAGAAUACUGGGUUCCCACGUAACAGUCAGCCUUAUUAUAACAGCCGAGGAGUGUCUCGUGGUGGAUCACGCGGCACUCGAGGCUUAAUGAAUGGAUACAGGGGACCAGCCAAUGGGUUUAGAGGUAAAAACUUAAAAACCUUUUGAGACUAAUUCUGAAUGUUUUCCAGAAAUGCAAACUGUCCAGAAGCUUAAGCAUUGUAGUGGCAUGCUUUGAUUUAUUUUAUUUUAUUUAAUAUACUACAGAGUGGUCAGCUUGCUGCCGCUUUUGCUCUGCUAUAAUAUUAGUGCAUAUGGUACUAAGUAAAAAUUACAUGACAGCAAGCUAUGAAUAUGAACUAACAAUGGAGUUGUUUGACUGGAAACAUAACAUGAUGUAGUAUGAAACUGACUUUCCAUUUUUGUAACCUGCUAAAUGGCUGCAUCUUUUUCAGGGCUUGUUACUUCCUUGGCUUACAAAAGCAAGUCUUUCAUUUAUUCAGACUAUGGCAUUUGGUGGGAUUCUUUCUUUUGGUGCCUGCAUUUAUUAAAUCACUUUAAAUAAUGACAUUGCUAAGUAUAUAUUACACACAAUGUGAAGUCUUGAACAAAACUGAAGACAAUGAAUAGUGCCCAGGAGCCCAGGUGUAGUUUAAAUGUGUAUCCACUUACUUGAUAUCAGGAAGGGUUAGGUGUUACGCAUACUGUAUUUUCCUGCUGCAAAUUACUACAUUGUAAAAGCCUGUCACUGUGCUUUUUAACCUUGGGUCCCAAGAUGAUAUUGGACUACAACUACAAUGUCUAUACUGAAAGCUUACCAGCUUGGAUUGCUUUCUUUAAUACAGAAUAUUUUUUCCUUAAAUUGAAUAUUGUUUUAUUCUGAAUAUAUACAUAUAUCCUUUAUAAGGUAUGCAAUACUUUUCAAUUAGUUUUCCCCUCUGAUUUUUAGGAGGUUAUGAUGGCUACCGCCCUUCAUUUUCCAACACUCCAAAUAGUGGUUACACACAGGCACAAUUCAGUGCUCCUCGCGACUAUUCCACCUACCAGCGGGUAAGUUGAUGGGACAGUGGAAAGAGUUCCUUAGUUUAUAAUGCUUGAGAAAAUGCAUAUUUUAAUAAAAGUUUCAUUGCAUAAGAAAUUAAUAUUUGGAUUGAUUUUUAACCUAAAGAUAAAAUCUACUUUUAGAAAUUCUUGGUUAACAGUUUUCCCAUUGGGUACAAAUAGGCCACUGCCUAUAUACUUUCUGCUCCUAGUCUGCUUUAUUAGACUGCAUCCAUUUGUCAUCAUACUCCAUUUAGUACUGAUGUUACUAGGUGAGGGGCUUAUCAAUUGAGAAGCAAAAUGAGCUCACCAAAGAAUAAGGGAGAAGUUUCUACAUAACUCAAGUAUGUAGAAGUAUAGAAUUAUACUGCCAAUUAUAAGGCAGUUUGUUAACUAGAGCCACCCCAAAAUAUCUGACAGCAAUCUGUGAACUUGAACUGCUAAUGGCCAAGAGAGAGGAGGGUCUAGAGCAGAUGUGGGGGAGCUUUGGUCUUCUAAAUGUUUUUGGAUUACAAUUCUUAUCAUGCCUAGCCAAUGGCCAUGUUUACUGAGGUUGAUGGAAGUUGUAGUUCAGCAGCAUCCGGAGAGCCAAAGGUUCCCCAUCUGUUGCCUAAAAAACCAGAGGUCCAGCAGCCUUUGAGAAUAUUACCAGUUAUACCUCUGGUUGAGUUGAGACACAGAAAGUGUGUCAUUUGAAGGGAGGGAGAGGGCAGACAGAGAUAGGAAGUUGGCCUACUCAAGCCCCUGGCAGCAUAUAGUAAGUACCCUGGAGCUGCAGAGGGUUCAAGUUGGGAGGGAAUGAGUGCUGUGCGGUUAAAUAGCCCAACUCUUCUCCCUAAGCGAAGUGGUGGCUUUCUCAGGAGGAAGGAAAUGAAAAAAGAUGCCCGUGCUUCUCUUCUCCUGCCUCAAAUAAUACUUAUAAAAUACUGUGGGUUGGAGUGGGCAGCUGCCUAGUGCUAUAUGGAACGACAUAGGAUCACCAGGGGAUGGGUGGAAGUUGAGAAAAAAGGUAUUCUUUCACCACUCCAAAUUCUUGUCUUCUCUCACCCCCCCCCCCGAACAACAUUGCAAAUCUCUUGUUCUAGAUUGACUAGAACUCUGUUCUUAGGGACAUUGCAAUAUUGUGUUCAAAUUCAAGCUUGUCAUUUUCUGGGUUUUGAUUCCAUGGGGCCACAAUUCCAUCUGCCCCAUGUGUGAACAGAAAGCAUUUCUAUGUGUGCACAAGAAAGGAAGGGUGCUAAUGGCUUUCUCUUUUAGCUGCAUCCCCUUGUCCCCCAAUCUUCUGAAAUGGCUUUUAAGGGUGUGACUGAAAUAGCACAUAUGCUCAUUUGAAUCCUGGACAGGGACUUCCAAAAAUUACCGUAUUUUUCACUCUAUAAGACGCACUCCCCUCCUAAAAAGUAAGGGGAAAUGUGUGUGCAUCUUAUGGAGUGAAUGCAGGCUGCGCAGCUUUCGCUGAAGUCAGGAGAGCAAGAGGAAUCGGUGCGCACCGAUCUCUCUUGCUCUCCUGUAUUCGCUCCGCUGGAGAGGCGCUGUGCUGCUUUCCCUCUCUGCGCAGCGCCCCUUCAGUGAAGCGGGAGGAGAAAUGGAAGGGGCUCCGUUUCUCCUGCCACUUCGCUGAAGGGGCGCUGCGCAGACAGGGAGAGAAUAUUUUUUUUCCUGUUCUCCUCUAAAACUAGGUGCAUCUUAUGGUCGGGUGCGUCUUAUAGAGCGAAAAAUACAGUAUAUCCUGAAAUAAAAUACUGAAAUGACAAACUUUUAAAACCAUUUUAAUGCAACUUGUUGCACUUCUGUUUGGUCAUCUUUUUUUCUAGGAUGGAUAUCAACAGAAUUUCAAGCGUGGCUCUGGACAAAGUGGUCCUCGGGGAGCCCCUCGAGGUAAUAUUCAAGUGGUGAAUCUCUGAUUGAAUCUGUAGAGAGGUUCUUAGGAGUUGCAGACUUUCAGCUGUUUCAGUUCACAUGUGUUUAACUGUUGUAGACAUUUGUUGAAAGUUGUUCAUGAAUUUGAUUUUUGAACUGUAUAUUGUUAAACUUCCUUUCUCGGCUUUUAUUUAAGGCUACUAGGUUGCUUUUUAUUCCUUGCCCAAGCAACUGUUGAAAAUGUAAGCUUACCCAAUUGUGAGGUUUGUAAUUCUGCUGUGAAAAAUGUUUGGCAAGCUCCAAUAGUGUCUGCUUUUGUAUUUUGCUAUUGCUACUUGGAUUUCAAUAAAGAUCUUGCAUUAUUUGUAGCCUGUUCAGAAAUUCUGUUUUCAGCUACAUAAGAUGCUAUAUUCUUGUAUCCAGAUGGAAUCUCUUGAAAAAGACCUACUCAAUUUCGCAUGUAAAUAGCAUACAUAUUUACAACUUUAUUCUGUUUGCUGCUUUAUACUUAAGUGUACAAAAUAGUUUGCAAUUGGAAAAUAGGCAAAGCAGUGGCUGCAGUUCAGUCAAGUGUGGGUGCAAGAAUUCAUUCCAGAGGGCUCAGUAGAGCCUCUUACCCCACCCCACCCCAAAUUUCCCUUGCCAAUAUGAGCACAGAAUGUGCAGAAGGAAGCUGGAUGGUGCUAUAGGAAGCACGUAAAGAGGUAUUUAGUUCCCUGCAGUGCCCCCUUAUGUCACCAAUGUAUGCACACUUGGUGGGAGGAAGGGCUCUUUAGUCUUGUGGGUGGGGGACUCUACAUGUUGGCACUAUGCCUGCUCUUGAGUGGAUAGAAGCCAAUCAUUUUUUAGUGCACCAGCUGAAAAUGGAUGUAGGACUUAAGAUGAGGCAAAAAAGAUAGCUAAAUCUCAUCUAGUGCAAACUUUAUUAUAAAUUCUUCCAGAAAAUCCAUUGAACGAAAGUAAAUUACAGGAAUUUCUUAUGAUUGCUUUGAUGUACCAAAAUACGAAAUAGAACCACUGGAAGUAGUUCUAACCAGAUACUGCCCUUUUAGUCUCUUGGAUCAGCACACUGGCAAUUGUCUAUACUAUAUUUUGUUUUAGAACUGUAUAUAAUACUGUUAUUCAGUUACUACAUUUCAAUAGUACUUUCUAGUUGUGUUCAGGUGCCACUGAAAUAUAGUUUAUGGCUUAUUGGUAGUAGAUUGGUAGGCAUUUGGAACAAAGGUUAGAUUUAAGACUGAUGUAAGUAAGUUUGUGUACAUUCAAAGCCUGUCUUCACCUGGUGAGCAAAUAGGUAUCAUUCCUCUUCUUACUGUCUCUAGGCAUUUAUUAGACAAACAUAGUAGGGGACCAGACUUUAGAGAGGCAGCCAUUCUGACUAUUAAAGGAUCUCACUUGAUCCAAAAAUAAAAUGCUAUUUUUAUUUUCUAGGUCGUGGAGGGCCCCCAAGACCCAACAGAGGGAUGCCUCAAAUGAAUGCUCAGCAAGUGAAUUAAACUAAUUCACAGGAUUACAUUUAAACGCCAAAAACACACUGGCCAGUGUACCAUACAUGUUCCAGAAGAGCUAUCUCUUGGUUCUCCUUUAUAGGAAGUUCAUAGUAAAGGGAUUAUUUUCAUUGCCCAUAAAGACAAGACUACAGUUGUCAGCUUUAUACCUGGAUAUGGAAAGAAACGACGUUUACUCUGCAUGUUCUAUCCUAAGCAUCAUCUUGAGCCUUGCACAUGAGAUCCAGAAUUUUUACCCUUGCUCUGAUUAAAAGCAAAAAUGGCAGUUUUAGGGUUAUGAAAAUCUCCAUAGUUAACUGAACAGGCAGAAAUAACCCCACUGACUCCAUUGACAUUAUAUAGUGCUGCAGCAAAUUCGGAUAAAAAUAUCUAAAUCCCUAAAUGUUUUACUCAGAAAAUUGGUGUAUUUAAACUUUUACAUGAAAGGAAGAUGGAAGAAGCGAAUUGUGGUUUGACAGAGCAACUGCAUUUCAGCUUUUUCUGUUAGACUGAAGCACUGAACAUCUGUGAUGCAUAAUAAAUGAUGCCUAUACCCCAACUAAUAAGCUGAUGGACAGCUUAGGGCACACCCUUAGUUACAGCAUUUUUUUUUUAUUAGGCCUGACUUGCUGUGGCAAAGGGAUGCAUUAAUUGUUUUGUGUAGCUGUUGAUAUAAUUGUGUAAACCCAGAAUUAGGCUUUGAUUGGCACUUUAAAUUUUUCUGUAAGAAAUAGAAGAUGUAAUCUGAAUGGCCACAUUUGUUUGCAAUGUGAAGUGUUAAAGAAUUCUCUCCUGAACACAUUUCUGGGAUAGCAAUGACAUUUGUAAGGAUUGGUAUUCUUAUCUUUCCUUAUUUUUUCCCCUUGUCUGCCACUGAUACUUGAUCUUGCUGUAUUAUUGCCCAAAUAACUGAUGCCGGUACUGAUGGGAAUUAAUGGUUAUUCAUAACACUUUUGGUUACAUUAUUUCUGUUUUGCAGCCUGAAGGUUUUAAGAAAUCUCAAAUCCCUGCUGCUGCCCUUUUAAAUUGCUCUCUUUUGAAAAGCACCAGUAUGUGUUUGGAUCGGUUUCCCCUUUAAGGGAAAUUACAGCCAGCAGUUACAGAUUUAAGCAAGAUUAAAUAAAACAUGUUUAUAAAAAAAUGUAUUCUUUAACGUAUCUUAAGUGACUACUGCAAAUGUAAUAGGGAAACAGAAACUUCAGAAGCACAUUCCCAGAACUUUAAAUGUUAACGUUCAAAGAUAUUCAGAAAGUUAGUAGGUGUAUUAUCUUCUGUGGAGUCUUGAAACUUAUUUUCUGAUGAGAUGCAGUCAUCUCUCUCUCCCUCCCUCUCCCUUUCUCUCUUUCUCUUUCUCUGCCCCCCCCCAAUUGAAGACUGUUGAAGCUGAUCAUUCAAGCCAUCUCAUGAGCUGUACAUAAAAGUUUGAGCAGGUAGUGAGAAUUGUAUUCAUGGCACCAGUUGAAUGUAGCAGUCCAGCCCAUGGAACCCACUGAAGAAGAGUUUCUGAAUUAUUUGGGAAUAUAUUUGCAGGAGGCUGAUUCUGUGUGCACAGUGCCCUUUUUGUAUUGGUGCUGAUCCCCUUUUAAGACUGUUUUUGUUUCAUGGAUAUAGUUAAUUGAACUGAAAAAGAGAAUAGAUUUUUAAAAUCU